AUGUUUAAUAAAUACUCUUUAACCUUCUAAUCGGUCAAUCUAGAAUUAGAGUACAGAGAAAGUCAAAUACCAGUUGUGAAAAAGUAGUAUACCGCAUUCACUUUACAAACAUGUUUAUACAUGAUAUUUUAAUCAAUUUAUUAUUUGAAGAGUCAGCCUUAUUUUUUAGUCAUAUUGCUUAGUUGCUCAUUUGUUAUCAUUUUUCUAAUCUUCUCGAAGUUUUUAAUAGAUAAAUACCCAAGUGUUAUAAACAUAGUUUUACCUAUUUUAUAAUUAAUUUUGUUUUUGGGUCAAAGUGUUGACUAUGCUUUUAGGGAAACCAAUUCAUAUAACCCCUUUAAUUCAAGUUAUGAUUGGUAUUAUGGCUUUUGUGCUUGCUACUUUCACAUCGCUAUAUUUAUUCAAGGAUAUUUAAUAUUAUCACAAACCUUUCUAGUAAUAGGCCUGUUGUUAGUAUACAUUUUAUGGUCAUAUAAUUCCUCUGAAGUCUACAUUGGUUUAUUAUUAAAUUUUAUAUGCAUUAUUGUUGGAAUGAUCGCGAUCAAAUAUACCAUAGAGAAUGGCAAAAGACUACAAUUUCUACAUAACAGAGAGAGGAAAAAAUGGUUUGCAAUAAUCGACACUGUCUUAUAACAAUCUAUUAUAGUAAUCAAAUUGGACAAACAACAAGACUAAUUAAGAAUUCACUAGAUGAAUAAUAUUACCAAGGAAAUAUUGUAAGUUAAUAAUGAUAAUGAUUUAAGAACUGUUCUCAGAAAUUUAACAUAUUCUAGAGGAUCGAAGCUCUCUGGCGAAGACAAUAAGUGCUCACUUGAAAAACAUAUUCGAAUGAUGCUACAAGGUAAUUCAUCGGCUGGUUCUGCAUUCGAAAUAAGCAAAAAAGGGAUCUAAGAUAAGUUAAUAAAUUCACUAAUUUGCCAAUCUAACAUAUUAGAAUAUUAAUUCAAAGUUUAAUUAGUGACCUAUUGGACUGAUGAACAAUAAAUGGUCAUCAUGGCUGCUGAAUGCUUAAAUAAUAAUUAAUAAAAUCAUGAUAAACUAGAGUUGAAUCUAAAAAACAGACUCAUUACUUCUUUGGCCAAACGUUGUAUAAGCGUUUACUUUAAAGAGAAGAAUGACAGAUUUUCUUAGUUGCGAUGUAUGAAUUACUUUGUAUGUCUUAACAUUCUAUAGACUCCUAAUUUAUUAAAUGGAAUUCAUAUCAAGAGAUACAGUUCAGACCAGGUUAUUAAAUUGUUAAAAUCUGUCUUCUAGUAUCAAUUGGAGAUUAUUAACAAAUUAAAAACAUAAUAUCUAAGCAUAGAUCUAAACUCAGUAUUAAUUAUCUUUAUUUCUUUACUAUAAUUUAGAGACAAAAAAAAGGAAGGAUUCAUAAAGAUAUCAUCUAAAGUUAAUGAAAAUAAUAUUGAAUCCAUUCAUUUUACUUUGAUGUAAUCUACUAAAUAGAUUAUUCCUUAGAUUAGAGUUUAUUUUAGCAAGCCAUUAUUUUUUGUUAAUAAUGAAGACAUCUCACUAAACUAUUCCCAUCUUCAACAAAAUCUAAUACAUUUAGAUAAGAAAUUGAAUUGUUAAGAUCCAUUAACAGCAACCACCUUAAUCAUAAUCAAAUAUUUGUUAUAUCAUUUUGGUUGUAAUACAUAAAUUAAAACUAAAUAAAAAAACAACCUAACUCAUUUUUCAUUUUCUCUGCUUAACUAAUGA